AUGGCUCUUUCUAUCAUAGAGUCUACUCCAGAGCUGCUCUCAGCUGUGCAGAUCUUAGCUGGUUCUACAAUUGAGAUUGCAGCAGCUUCUGCUGGUGAUACAAGUUUGGUUGAAGCUGUUCAGAUAGAGGCUAAGGAAGUGAUUGCAGAGGCAGCUGCAGUAAGAGAGGAAGACUUGGAGUCUGUGGCUGAAACAGAAGCUCCAGCUGAAGAGAAGAUUGCAGAGGAGACAUCUGCACCCAUUGCACCAGGGGAGGAGGAGGCUGCAUCUCCUGAUGAACCUACAAAUCUAGCCCUGAUAGAGAAUGUGGAGGAAGCUGGGGCUGAGGAUCAGGCUCUGAUCCCUGAAGUUGCUCCAGAGGAUGAGGCCUCCUCUACAGAAGCCCCUGAAGAUGUGGCUCCUGCUGUGACAGCUGAUCCAGUGGAGGCAGUCUCCUUCACAGAUAUCUCACCUGAAGAUUCUGCUCCUGCUGAGGAGGCCACCACUACUGCUGAAGCUGGUCCAGAGGAAACAGAGUCCUCUAUGGAGGCCACACCUGAAGAUGCUGCAUUCUCUGAGGAAGCUACACCAGAUGAGGAGGCAUCCAGUGAUGCUUCAGUGGAUGAAACACCACCUGCUGCUGGUUCAGUGGAGGAGGCUGGAGCUGAAGCUGCAUCAGAGGAAGCCGUCGAUGCUGUGGAAAUAUUCGGUGAAGCUGCAGAAGUUGUGAAGACAGUUCAGCUGGCAGCAGCCUCCUCUGGCUCAGACCUGGAGAUCCUUUCAGAUGCUGAACCAGAAUCUUCAUCUGAAGCUCCAGUACAUGAGGCCAAACACUGCCACUCCUGCCACUCUGCUCCAUCAUUAGCAGAGGAGGUGGCGCCACCUGCUGCUUUUGGAGGGCUGCUGUCAGAUGAAGGGGCUGAGGAUUUGAUGCAUGAGGCGAAGGACGCGGUGUCACUGGGGGAAGGACAAACCACAGAGACUAUGGUGAUGGUGACAGCCCAGUAAUGACAUGACAGACAGUGUGCCUUCCACAACCCUUGCUUAUCCGUGAACCAAACCAGGACCACCAAUGAAAAUGUGAGGAGAACUAGCAACAGAUUCCACUGACUUAUGUUAUUUAAUGAAAAUGUAAUGAGCUUUUUUUUUUUAAUGUUUCCUUCGUGUUUCUGAUCAUUGUAGCAUUUGUGAUGUAAUUGCUGUUGUGUAUAUUGUCCUCUAGAUGGCGCUGUUAGAAAACUUUUUAUGACCAGAAUGCUUGUCUGAAGAGAUGUCGCAUGCAGUGGAAAUAGUUGACUGGUAUUUUAUGAUAGACUGCUUUUCAUGGAUGCAUGGAAUGCACAUUGAUUUUUUUUUUUUUUAAAGUUAUAGCACCUAUAUGUGUUCUUAAAACUGAUAAAAGUCGAACUAUUUUUGUACCCAUAUCAUCUGACAUAAAUAAAAGCUGUGUAUGUUGGUCACGUUUGUCUAGUACAAAAUCAUGUGCAGGCACGACUAUCUAAAAGAUAUGUGAAUGUGUUAAUACCAUUAUACUAAUAUUAGCUGCACAUUUUUAAGUGAUGCAUUAAUGAGGAAAUACACAGUACUGGAGGGGAAUAUUGCACAGAUGUGCAAAGCUGGCAUGACAACAUGAUCGAUAACAUAUCUACCACCUUCAAUUCAUUAUAUAAAACGAUUUCCACACUUUGUACUAAAUGUCUUUGUUGUAUUGUGGUUUACUUGAGGAUGAUCAUGUAUCAGAAAAUAAAUAGCGGUUAAGUCAGUAUAAUAAAUACUUAAAGUCAUUGUAGUCAAUAAAACAGUGUUUGUUUUAUUAUGAUGUGUUUAC